UCUACUUCAUAUACAUUACAACAAGAAUGCAUCUCAAAUGUGCCUGUUGGAGGUCGAUUGAUAUAUUUCUAUCGUAGAUGGCGUGAAUUAACGUCAGAUCUAUUUCUGCUAUCGGCAGUGCGAGGCUAUGAGAUCGAAUUUGAUUAUUCGAAAGGGGUUCCCUCAAGAAAUAAGCCCCUCUACGGCUACAAAAAGAGCCCUUUAGAAAUAAAUCAGAUUACUAAAGAAAUCUUGGCUCUACAAGCAAAAAACGUAAUAGAACCUUGCUCAUUUGAAGAGGGAGAAUUCCUCUCAAACAUCUUCACGAGACCCAAGAAAGAUGGGGGUACUCGUAUGAUCUUAGACUUAUCAGAGCUUAAUCAAAGUCUGAAUGUACAACACUUUAAGAUGGAUAACAUCCACACUGCCAAGCACUUGAUUUCUCCGCACUGUUAUCUUGCAUCAAUCGACCUCCAAGAUGCUUAUUACUCCAUUCCAGUAGACCCAAAUAGUAGAAAAUACUUGAGGUUCAUGUGGCAGGGUGAGCGCUGGCAAUUUGCAGCCUUACCUAAUGGGCUCAGCACAGCCCCCAGACUGUUCACAAAAUUGCUGAAGCCAGUCUUUGCCGAACUGCGACAAGCAGGUCAUACAGUCAUAGGAUAUUUGGACGACACCAUAAUUAUUGGUGAAACAAAAGAAAAGCUGAAAGAGAGUGUGAGUGCAACAACCAAGAUCCUCUCAGAAUUAGGAUUCCUCAUUCACACUAAAAAAUCAGUGCUCACCCCAACACGUGAACUAGCCUUUCUUGGCUUCAUUCUUAACACUGAGAGUAUGAUUGUUAAAUUGCCUCAAACAAAGGCACAAGAAGUGAAAGAUUUAUGCCGUGAAUUAAUGGGCACGUACCUCCCAUCAAUACGAAUGGUAGCACGAGUGAUUGGGAAGGUCAUAGCAACUUUCCCUGCGGUUGAGUAUGGCCCCUUAUACUAUAGAUCAAUGGAAAGGGACAAAAUUGCAGCCCUCAGACAAAACAGGGGUCAUUUUGACAGAAAGAUGAAGUUGUCCCUUGAGGCAAAAGAGGAGUUAAAAAUUGCACACAGAUGCCAGUGGCCUUGGAUGGGGAGCUACUGACCUCCAGAAGCAAACAGGGGGUCGUUGGAAUGAAUUUGAGGCAGAAAGGGCACGAAACAAUGAAAUAAAUUUCCUGGAAACCCUAGCCGCUGGGUUGGGGAUAAAAUCCUUUUGCAUGAAUAAGCGUAACGUUCAUGUGAUGGUAAGAAUAGAUAAUACCACUGCAGUGGCUUAUUUAAAUCACAUGGGAGGCUGCAAGUCCGCAAUGUGUGACAAGAUGACGAGAGAAAUUUGGCAGUGGUGCAUUUCUCGAAAUAUUUGGGUCUCCGCAGCCCAUGUACCUGGUCGGCUCAAUACUAUAGCAGAUGAAAGAUCCAGGAAAUUUAAUGAUCGAACAGAAUGGAAACUAAACAGACAAGUGUUCGAUAGAAUAGUUUCCCACUUUGGUGUACCAGAAAUAGACCUGUUCGCCUCGAGACUAAAUGCUCAAGUAGAGAAAUAUGUCACUUGGCACCCAGACCCUGGGGCUUUUGCAGUUGACGCAUUUACGCUAGAUUGGAAACCUUUUGCAUUCUAUGCAUUCCCACCGUUCUGUAUGAUCCCCAAAUGCUUGCAAAAAAUCAGAGAGGAUAAAGCUAGAGGGUUACUUCUGGUCCCUAAUUGGCCUACUCAGGCGUGGUUCCCUCAGUUGGUUAGCAUGAUGGAAGGAGAGCCACUGUUUAUCCAGAGGCAAGAAGAUUUGCUACUCCUUCCUGUGUUAAACACCACCCACCCUCUUAAUGCUAAUAUUGACCUCUUAUGUUGCAGGUUAUGCGGCAACAUUUUGAGAAUCGGGGACUAAGCAGACGAACAGUGGAUAUCAUUACAGCUUCAUGGAGAGCAUCAACCUGCAAGCAGUACCAAGUGUACAUCACACAGUGGCGAAGAUUUUGCCACAGCAGGAAUACGAGUUACCUCCAAGCCGAGGUGGAAACGGUACUAGAAUUCCUUAGUAGUUUAUUUCAUGACAGGAACCUUAGCUACAGUGCGAUCAAUACAGCUCGUAGCGCUUUAUCCACUUUUCUGAUUCUCGUUGACAGUAAUCAGACAAUAAGUACUCACCCACUUAUAACCAGACUGAUGAGAGGUGUUUUUCAACUCAGACCUGUCGUACCUAGAUAUACAGAAAUAUGGAAUAUUAGUCCAGUCCUCAAUUUUCUAAGAAAAUUGUCUCCAGUAAACUCCUUAAACCUCAGAGAUUUAACACUCAAAGUAUGUAUGCUAAUGGCUCUUGUAUCGGCACAGAGAGUGCAAACCUUGCAUAUAUUGAAGACUAACAAGAUGACCCUGAAAGGGGGCUUUGUGGUUUUUCAUUUGGAUGAACACUUGAAGCAAAGCAAACCAGGAAAUACCGAUUUUAAUUUUAAAUUGGAAGCAUAUCCACCUGAUAGAAGAUUGUGUAUUGUAAAAUAUGUGAAACAUUAUGUCCAGCGCACAGGACCACUUCGUGGGAAUGAGAACUCAUUCUUUGUAAGUUACACCAGACCUCAUAAUAGAGUAACAACUCAAACCUUAUCUCGCUGGAUCAAGACCUGCUUGAAAAGAGCAGGUGUGGAUACAAACGUUUAUAAGGCUCAUUCAACGCGGGCAGCAUCAACUUCAGCAGCUGCCAAGGCAGCACUUCCAAUGGACCAGAUCCUAGCCCGAGCAGGAUGGUCUUCAGAGAAAACGUUUAGGAAGUUCUACAGGAAACCUUUUGAAAACAAGAGAAACUUUACCCAGGCAGUCUUACAAGAUAGCACACUGCUUUAAGAACUGCAUCAGAAGGUUUUUCAAUAGAACUGGCAUUAAGAGACCAGCUGUCUAUUUAAUAGAACUGGGAUUAAGAAACCAGAUGUCUAGAAUAAACUAGAUACAGAAACGAACAAUGUUUUUGCAACAUUAUGACAUCUUAUAUAUGGACGUCUUGUAUGUGAAAUGUUUUGCCACAUGUAUGAACAGACUACAAUAAAUGUCAAAUAUGGUGAGUCAUUGAUUAGAAGCAUUCAAUUCAAUCUGCAUAAUCAGUGUUCACUUUUCCGUA